AUGUCCACAGACUCCACACGAGAAGCACAAAAGCUACUGAGACGCGCUAAAACCUAUCUCAAUCCUAAAGGUUGGUCCAUAGUGUUGAAGUCCACCAAGGAUGGAAAGUCUGCAAUUGCGUUGUUUGCAACUGUUUCCGGUACCAGAAUUCCGUCCAGUGUAUCCUUGAGAAAACCCCUCGCUGGGAGCCGUAUUGAUUGGGAGAAGGAUUUUAAAUUGCAAAUGUCCACCAGUCCAAUGGAACAAGUUGAGGCUAUAGGUAAAGGUGUUGAGUUCAUUCUGACCUUUGCCUCGACUUGCAUUGACGUGUUGCAAGAGGUGUCUGAUCCCCAAGGUUUGGCCCAAAAAAGAGAUAUGAUUAACAGCGCAGGGGAGUCUUGGUUGAGAGGAGCUAGUUCUCUCCUUCAAGCUUCAAACGGGGAGAUGUCAAGAGUUACACCCUUUGUUAAAUCCUGCCUGUUGAUGAGGACCACCUAUAAGAAACUGGAUGAUGAACAAUGCAUCAAGAUGUGGCAAAAUUAUUUGGAAUACCUCAAAAUAUUGGCUUCUGAUUAUUUCAGACAUUCAACGUCAGGAGAGGUCGAGACAGUGUUGCAGGCAGUGAUCCAAACCCUAUCAGACACAAUAAAGUCCACUGUGUUUCCUCAGGAGCUGGUCCAGGACACUACAUGGAUGGAGCCAGCACCCGUGAAUAGUUCCUCGGGCACAAAUGGGAAAGAACAAAAGUCCGGUCUGAGCAAGGCUGAAAAAAGACGAGGAAAGGCAAGAAGAGCAAAGGAGCACCAACAGCAAAGGAAGGAAGCUGCAGCUACCAUUGGCACGACUACACAUGAUAGUGGUGAUGAACAUGUUCAAGACUCUGCUGAGGUCAAGACUACAAGUGGUAUUGUCACACCAAGAGAAUCAUCUUUUGGUCCCUCUAAGGAUACUGAUCAGUCCGAACGUUUGGGCCAUCCAGAUCAGGAUCAGCUAUCAUGGACACAAGUGUCAAAACGUCAAGGCAGGGAGAGGGAGUACUUAGGAGGGGUGAAUGUUGAAGAGGAUCCCAAAUUGAAAGUCCACCCUGCCAAUCCUGAUGAAACAAAGGUUGAAUCAACAUCUACUGAGACUACUCCCACAAUGCCAGUGUUAUUCAUUCCGCCAGGGCUUGCAGACGACCUGAAGAGGUUGGGGUGGACAAAUUGGUACAAUGAGCACUUCCCUCUUCUUUCAUCAAAAUGUAGUCAGAAUGAUGUCAACAGCAAAGAGGUUACUAUUAGCUCUCCAGGUGUGACUCCAUCAUCUUCUCCAAUAAUCAAGCCAGAUAACACUAUGGAAGAAUCACAGGCAGCAACACAUUCAGGAGAUGAUUUGUCACCUCAAAAUUCAGAGAUAAUGCUCUCACCUUCUCUCCCAGAAACCCCUUCAGAUGUAAUUCCAAAUGACCUUGCAUGGUCUUCUCAAUAUGAUGUCAUGGUGGUGGUAACCCAUCCGGGUGUUGAUGCACCUGCUGCGUUCAUCAGUGUUCCUAUUGACCAAAUGCAAGAAAUAUUCAGAAGCGAGUAUCCUGGUGAAGGGUGGCAGCGGGCCUCAAAAACAACUACAACCUCUCCUGGUCAUCAGCAUGUUGGCCCUUUACUUCACAUGACUCCUGGUGGUCUCAUGGAGGUGGCUUAUAAAGGUUAUUUCGUAUCUGGUGACAACAGAUCUCAAUAG